CUGUAGCAGGCAGAAGGCAGAGCAUGACUUCCUGAUUUUUUUCUUAUUAUUAUUCCAAAAAAGAAAUCUAGAUCAAAAUGGAUAAUUCCAAAUCAGACCUAAUAACAUAUUUAAAAGCCUGGUAAACAAAAAAGAAGAGUGUUAUACACAUCUCCUGGGACCUGAUUCAAUUAUGAAGGCAGAUCAGUAGAAGGAGCAGCCCAGCACACUACAUUGAAUCAAUCAUUCCUUCUGAGCAGCUGAUUUCAAACUCUGUGAAAAGGAAAAAAAAUGGGAAAAAUCUGGUGCUGAAAGAAGAGAGAACUUCACUUCCAGAACACUUGGGUUGUUUUACCAAGUCAUGAAAAAUGUUUUAAAAGUUGUGACUGAGCCAUUAUUCCAAAAAUGGAAAGGUCAGAAACUUCACAGGAUCCUCAGAAUGGGUAUGAAGAAGACCUCCUGAAGAGAUCCCCAUUUCACUUGUUUAUGACCCAGAUCCAAAGGAUAAAAUCCUCUGUGGGAAAGGGCAAGCAUCAGCAUUCCUCUGUCAUUCAGUUCUUCAGGGAUUUAGAUCCAGGAGGCAAAAGCAAAGGAGAAACUGAAAGAGAAGAAAUAGACCUCUCUAGACCAGACAAUCAGAAUGAGAAACCAGCUCUUCCUGCAUCAGAUGAAGUUUCCCAUAACAUUUCUGAAACAGACUUAGUGUCUGGUAAAUGGAAAGUUAAGCAGUUCAUGAAGAAACUGGGCAAAAAGCCCAACAGCAAGAAUAUGGACCUAAAUAACUGUGCAUUAAAUGAAACAGAUUUAAUGGAGCUGAGUGGCCUGUUACCUUUCCUACCUGAGCUGGAAGAGAUCAAUCUUUCCUGGAAUGAUUUUAUAGGCGGAACUCUGAAACCUCUGACCCUUCAACUACAUCAUGUGAGCAAGUUAAAAUCCCUCCGACUAAACAACUGCAGGAUGACAGCUGAGGAUAUUGCUUCUUUAGGAGAAGCACUUGAAAUCAUUCCUUUUCUGGAAGAACUGGAUUUGUCCUGGAAUAGCAACAUAGGUGGAAAACUGUCCCUCUUAACAAAAAAGAUCCAGAAAGGAAGCAAAAUCAAAAUCCUGAAAGUGAUAGAUUGCAAUCUAGAAGCAAAAGAUGGAGAAUCUCUAGCCCAGAUUCUCAAUGUAAUCCACCACCUCAAAGUGUUAGAUCUCUCCAUUAACCAAAAAAUAGGCUGUAACCUGAAGAGCAUUGCCCAGGAACUGAAAAAUGUGCCUGGCUUGGAAGAAUUACAUUUGCACAUGUGUGGAGUUAGGAAAGAUGGCCUCCAGUCUUUAGACACUGCCUUCCAGUACCUGCUGGAGCUAAGAAAAUUAGAUCUAUCAUGCAAUAAAGAGAUUGGUAGAGGGUUUGAGGACUCAGCAGCUCAUCUGGCCAAUCUAAAAGACCUUGAAGUUCUCGAUCUUCACCAGUGCUGUAUCACAGAGGAAGACCUGGCAGUUCUCACCCAAGUGAUACCUUUACUCUCAAGUCUUCAAGAGCUGAAUUUAUCAUCUAAUAAAAAUAUUGGCAUGUCUUCUGAUCACCUGCUCAGCAGACUCAGAUUUUUACCCAAGUUGAAAUCUGUGAUCAUCAGCAAUUGCUCUUUACAGAAAGCUUCCUUUGCAUCACUAGCUGAAGCUGCCCUUCACCUUCCUGAUCUGGAGAUAUUAGACCUUUCUUGGAACAAGUGCGUUGGUGGAAACCUAAAGCUGCUUUUGGAAGCACUAAAGCUUGCAACCGCGAUUCGAGUACUGAUACUGAGCAGCUGCAACUUGGCAGCUGGGGAUCUGGCUCUCCUAGCAUUACUGAUGCGAACAGGCCACCUAGCUAAACUACAAAAACUGGACCUGAGUUAUAACGACACUGUCUGUGACGAAGGAUGGGCCACCUUCUCUCAAGACCUGGCUGAACUCAAAGAACUUUCUGAAUUGGAUGUCAGCCUUCGGCCAUCAUCAUGUCGUGACUGUGGGAUGUGGUUUGGCAAGUUGUUAACAGCUUUGCCUGAGAUGCCGGCAUUCACUGAGUUAGGGAUGCAGAGGUGGGUCUUUUCAGGACCACAGCAAAAACAACUGGAGUACUUCAACCGGGAUAGCACAAGGAAUGUUCGGUUUGACUACUGAGGCCAGGUGUCAGUCUCUGAGAAGGCCUUUCCAAACAGCACACCAGGAACAAUGUAUCAUGCGACUCUGCCUUGGAACACUGCCAGUUUUCAUUAAUAAAUUCAUUUGCAUCUUGA